AUGGUGCACCUCGAUGUUUUCUUUAAACAUGUUAUGUCUUUAGAUGUCAAAGAUGUUGUUGUGAAGGAGGUAGAUAUUGGCAACCAAUUUAAAAAUGAGCAAGAGAUUGCAUUACAUGAUCACAUGCUUCAACAAAUUCGUACAAAGGCCUUCAAACUGGAAUUUGGUGUGGUAAUCGGAAGGUCCGAUAAUGGCUCGGAUCGAAGAGGCACAUUUGCGACAAUGACAUGCGAAAUAAGUGGGAAACAUAGACCUCCUCUCCGAAAUUUUAAACGAGAUGACACUAGUUCAAGAAAAUGUGAGUGUCCCUUUAAAUUGUGUGGUUAUAUGUUGGCAAAUCAGAAAUGGAGAUUUAAUGUCAUGUGUGGCUUACAUAGUCAUGACUUGUGUGAAAAGUUAGUCGGUCAUCCAAUUCCAUGUCGUCUCAUGCCGAAAGAGAAGGAAUGUGAUUGA